AGGAUCGAGUGGAGCUGUACGCGUACAUAAGCCGCUGUGCUUAUUGGAUUUCUCUUUUAUUUUUGGUCCUUGCUUUUCGUUUUCGUGUUGCUUCGCCAAGGUGUAUUGCAGAUUCUCAUCCUGGAAUGUCCUUUCCCCUCUUCCUUCUUCCCUCUCGCUUGAAAUAGGCGAUGCCUUGUUCCAAGCUCUCAGUUCCUUUCCGAUGGUUUUUCUGAAAAUUUAAAUGCAGUUUACAAAGAGACUGACAUCAUCCGGAAGGCUGUCUUAGAACUAAAAGCAUAAAAAAGCGGAGGAAGGGAUCGGUUCUAAAAAAUCUGCAUUUUAUUUUAUUCUGUCUAACUCUAAUUGCUGCGGACGGAGGGGUUGGGUCAUUUAAGCUAGAACCUGACCGUUUCUCAACCUUAUAUAGGUUUUAGCUGUUGGAAAUCUACGCGGCGUGGAUACUGAACCCAAGCAGGUUGAUUUUUAAGCUAACAAAUUCAUUCUUAUUGCUGCAGCUGUGAUAGCCUUUGGCAUGGGAGUUGUAAGGCAGAGGAAACGUUUUACAGAAAUGAAUAGAUUUACAGUUUUUUGUGAUCUUGUCCUCCCUGAAGAAUUGUAGGAUUUUUAAAAUACAAAAUUACAUCCCACAAUGUUGCUGUGAAGUUUGAACUUACAGAGUAUUUAAAAUAAUAUUCCUGGAAAAGAACAGUCUGUGUCUUCAUAUCUCCUUCCAAAGGGGGAAGUAGACUAUAAAUAUGGCAAAAAAUUCUGUGGAAGGGUCAAAGGAAGACCUGACCAAAAUGACAGAAGAAGAUCUUUUGAGAUGGAACAAGGAAGAGUUGGUGAAAAGGUUGAAGAAAGUAGAAAAUGAAAAAAUGAACUUGAUGGUGGAGCACAGCAACUUGAUGAAAGAUGUGAACAGAAGACUGCAAGUCCACCUGCAUGAGAUCAGGGGUUUGAAAGAAGUUAAUCAGAAGCUCCAGGAUGAUAACCAGGAACUGAGGGAGCUUUGCUGUUUCUUGGAUGAUGACAGGCAAAAGGGGAAAAAGCUGUCCAGAGAAUGGCAGAGGUUUGGGAGACACACUGCAGGUGUAAUGUGGAAGGAAGUUGGAAUGUACCAGCAGAAGCUCAAAGAAUUAGAAGCUAAGCAAGAAUCCCUCCUGAGAGAGAAUGUUGAGUUGAAGGAGAUUGUGCUAAUGCUGGAUGAAGAGAGGAAUGGAGCAGGCUCCCGAAGCUCCAUAGAUAGCCAAGCUAGUCUCACCAACCUCAAUGGGGGUUCUGGAACCAGGGAUGUUGGAGAUGGGAGUAGCACAUCUAGUGCUGGCAGUGCAGGAAGUCCAGAUCACCAUCACCACCAUCUCCUUCACCAUCACAAAGUUGUUGAAAACAAAGCUGGAGCCAUCCGGAGAUCUAUGGAUGACCUUUCUGCUCCUCUUCACCACAGGAGCAUCCCAAAUGGUCUCAAUGGUAGGUCCUGGUUUCUAAUUCAUGCAUUUUGUUUCUGUGUAAAGAGUAAGUUGGCUUCCAGACAUCUUGCUGAGGGGACCCAUCGGUGGAAGUUUGACUUUAGUCAGAGCUUGUACAUCUUGCUUAUAUGAAAAUCUAUCCCAUAGCCACAUAUUAAUAUAUAGUUCUCUUUAAUUAACACUAGUACAGAUCUUAAUCUAACCUGUGUUUCUACUAGCACAUUUAAUUGAAAGCGCAAUGGAUGUAUCUUUGUGUAAUAGUAUUCGCCUUUCAUUUAGAACUUCUUCCUCUU